AUGUAUCUUGCUAACGCUACAAGACCUGACAUAGCAUUCUCUGUUAAUUUGCUAGCAAGAUAUAGCUCUUCUCCUACACGAAGACAUUGGAACGGAGUUAAGCAUAUAUUGCGAUAUCUGAAGGGAACUAGUGAUAUGGGUCUGUUUUAUACUAACAAAGGUAGUACAGAUCUUGUUGGUUAUGCAGAUGCAGGUUAUUUAUCUGAUCCACAUAAAGUUCGAUCUCAAACAGACUAUCUGUUUACAUGCGGAGGUACUGCUAUAUCAUGGCGAUCCACAAAGCAGUCCAUUGUUGCUACUUCUCCGAAUCAUGCUGAGAUAAUAGCUAUUCAUGAAGCAAGUAGAGAAUGUGUGUGGUUGAGAUCAGUGAUACAUUUCAUCAGAGAAAGAUGUGGCUUGAAGUGUGAUACAAAAAUACCCACAAAGAAUGGUGAUAUUGAUGUGCAACAAAUUCGUUCAAGUGACAAUCCCGCAGAUUUGUUCACCAAAUCUUUGCCAACUUCAACUCUUGAGAAGAUGAUAUUCAAGAUUGGAAUGCGAAGACUCCGACAUCUGAAUCUUAGUCUUCGUCAGGGGGAGUGA